AUGGACAUAACCCUAAAGGAUCUUGAAGAUCAGAAGAUUAGUGUAACGUUGUGGGAAAAUUAUGCAAUUACUUUGUCAAACUACAUGAAUGAUAAAAACCGCCCUGCUCAUGUUGUUAUACUUGUUCAUUUUGGCACAGUGAAUAUUUAUCAAGGUAAAGUUGGCCUUACUAACAUGUUUGAAGCAAGUCGUGUCUUCAUAAAUUCUGAUAUUCAUGAGAUAAAAGAAUUCAAAGACAGGUAUCUUGAGAAGGAGUUAUCUAAAUCAUCUACCAGUAAACAGUCAUGCUCUCAAGUGAUAUCGAAUACAGAAGAUGAGUUUCUAAAUGUUGAAGAUUUUUUGUUGACCGGUUUUAUUGCUUCAAUUGAUGUGGAGAAAAAGGUUAUCAUUGUUGGUACUGUUAUAGCAAUUUCAAAUGAUAAGCCUUGGUAUUAUUUAUCAUGCAAUCAUUGUAAGAAGCAAAUUGAAGAGAAAUGUGAGUUGGUUGAGAAAGAUGAUGGCAGCUUUGACGUAUUGGAUGACAAGUCUUUUGAGUGUAUAAACCCGGAUUGUGAUGUUGUUGACAUUGUUCCUGUUCAUCGAUACAAGAUACCUCUAAGGGUUCAGGAUUCCACCGGAACGGUUUCCUGUACGUUGUUUGAUUAUGAAUCUACUAAGCUUUUGAAGAAAACCUCGAAAGAACUACUUGAUAUUUACUCAAAGGUUGACACUUCAAACGAAGGAUCGUUUCAGUCACUUCCAUCUGAGUUUGAUGUGUUGUUGAACAAAACGUUUGCUUUUCAAAUCAAAAUUUCCAGUUUUAACAUUUCCAACAAGAUAGAAAACUAUGGAAUUUCAAUGUUAUCUUCCGAUGAGGAUCUACUUUCUGCUCCGGAGAAAAAAUGGAAAAUUAAUGAGUCUGAUGUGUCUGAGUCAAAUGUUCAAUGUUUGUCCGAUUCAGUUGGUAAUGUGAAAAGUUUAUCAAAGGAAUCUCAAUCUGUGAUGGGUGACAGUGUUACGCCAGAUCCUAUUGAUGUUAAUGAACAAGAUCCGUCAAAGUUCGAAAACAUUAAACGUAACCUUGAAGAUGUUGUAGGUCCCUCGGAGAUGAUGAGAUGA